AUGGCACGAUUUGGUAGCAGCAACGCUCGUGAAGGUCAAGCUACAUGCGAACCAGGGCCACCGGCACGGAUCAAGAUUGAGCGAGGGACGGAGACUGCUUUGACAAAGCACGACGGCACCCAGACUCUAGCUGCGUUUGUGAUUACCCAUGACGGCCAUGUUCGUCUUCAUAAGUCGAACGAGAUGAAAAGCGGUACCGCCAUCAAGCUACUGUCCACGGUAUUCAUGCACGCGUGUGGUUCCAAUCACGAGAGAGCUGAAGCACGACCCAGCCUUAUAUGUCCCGCAACGGCAGAAUCGUCAGACCACACGAUAAGUGGACGUGAUAAUCUCCUGGACGUUGACAAUGCUGUCCGAAGAUCGACAUCCGAGGGCGAACAGAGCUCAGGAUGGAGAGGCCGAUCGAUCCGACGACCAAUGCGUGACCGUACUCCAUUGAUUGACUUCUACGAUGGCUAUUUUCCGGAUCACGAGAUGGGUGUCAAUCCAAGCAUAAAGGAGGAAGCACAGAGCAUGAACAAUACGACGAUUCCGGCGGAUUCUGCAGCGCAGCACUUCAAUAUCACAGAGCCCGAAAAAGUCAAGGCGUAUCUGUACAAUCGUUUCGAGAAGCUGCAGCAGUUGUCCGCUAAGCGUGUUGCAAAAGCCUGGAUCAAGGGCAUAUGCCCGCGAAAGCAAGCCAACUUCCCAUAUCAGAAUAAGCAGAAGACCGACGAGUCUGGUGGACCAGAUAUACCGGCAUGGUGGCCCGAUCAAUCUAUCUGUCCAUGGAAAGAGCCCGAUCAUAUUCGCAAGGAAGAACGCAACGAGCUCCUCAUUCAUAUCCUCAGAUUGCGACCAACGCCCGCUAAACUCCUCAUCAUGAACCGUGACAAGUGUGAACCAUUAGAGAAUCAAGUCUUCGAAUCAUGGGCGGCCUUCUUACGGUCGCUCGCUCCGCUUACUUGUUGCAAUGAUCUAAAGCCAAAUGACAAAUCGACAAAGACGAAGCGGAACAACCUCCUAAGAGAGAUAUACGAUGUUGCUGAGAAGGAGGAGAACUUUCUCGAGGGCAGUGGUCCUCCUUCAGUCAUUUACUGGCAAGAUGAGCAAUUGACGAAGACUGUCUCUCGCAAGUCCAAGAAGCGUGCCAUCUCGAUCGCGUCAUCCAGCGGCACUGAGGAUCAGAUCAGCGCUCCGCGCCAGUCGUCCGUGAAUCGUGGCCGCCGUGCUAUGAAGCGUCGACGGUGUCGAUCGGUGGUGCAAAGCCCUGAACUUGUGCCACGUCUGCAAGUCCGUCAAUCAUCUCUGAAUCCAGUCAAGGAGCAGAACAUAUCCGACAUCGAUCUGUCCUCUCCAGAAGUUGAUACUGCAAUGCUCAACGACCGCGCUGCAGCUCCGACCAAGCCUGUCGCGGCAGAGGAUGCGAAGUCAUGUGUCUUCGAGCACCUUGCACCACUUUCAGUACCUCGCACAGAAGUUACCCACGCGGCAUCCGGAUCAUGGCAACCUGCCCACCAUGACAGCGCCAUGCAGAACUGGCAGACCAUGAUCGCCUCUCCCGAUACAUCCUUCAACUCGUCGACCUUUGCCGCUGAGUCUCCGACCAGUUUCCGAGCGUUCGACAACGGCACGCUGCAACAGCAAUACACGGAUCGUCAUGAACACCGCUACGCUCGCCACCAAAACCAAUACUUUUCCCAUCCUCACGCUGUUCAUAUUUACCAAGCUCAGCAUAUUCCACAACCACAAUUUGAAAUAGUACCUAAUACACCAAAGAGUCCUCGCAGCGGCCUACUUUGGCCUAACUACGACCUACCAGCCGUCGCGCAGUGUCUCGAUACUCCGAUGACAGACACUUCUUUUGCGUACGCCCAGAUCCCGAGCGCACCAACUCCAGCGCCAGCGCACUUCUUUCACUCCACAGACCAUCGUCGACAGUCUCGGGCACCAACAACACACUACACUCCAGUACAACAGCAAUAUCAGCUCGUCGCACCCGCAGAUCUUCAUCAGCAGACGAACAACAUGCAUGGCCUACCCGAUCCUGCUUUCGUGUAUGCCGGACACUCUGCCGCCGUUCCAGACUCACCUUAUCCUCACGUCCUUGACCACCAUCACGCCGCACCACAAUGGCUGGCAGAAUCUCAUCUCGAACGCGGGUUCACUGGGCAUAGCUCAGGCGUUGGUGGGGGCCAGCCAACCUAA